CGUUUCAAUCUAUUGGGCGAAAGAAGGGACUCUUUUGAAUAAUGAUCAAAAUAAAUAUGAAAUCCGAAAUAACGAAAAUGUGGAAGCAUACCAAGUAAACCACACAGUUCUAACCGUGAAGGAAAUUAAUGCAUCAGAUUUUGGCGAAUACAAAUGUGUUGUUCGGGACGAUGUGGGAAGAAGCGGCAAUUUGUACUUAAUUCAAGAGCCCGAGCCUGCCCAAUUUGAAUUCAUGUCGAUAGAAGGUAGAAGCGUCACUAUUCAAUGGUCAACUAAUAGCAAACAGUUAUUAUUAGAAGCAGUUUUGCACUUCCGCAUCAAUUGGUCUGAACAUUGGUUGAUUGAAACCAUACCUGCUCCACAACAUCAAGGAUCCGGAAGGUGGCAACUUCAGCACAAAUUUGAAUUACCAUCUGGUAUAUGGUAUGUACGAGUGAAAACCAGGAAUACUGCUGGUUGGUCGAAAUACUCCAAGGUUGAAACCUUUGAGAUAGAGAAUUCGCUGGAGGAAAAACCAUUCGGAAACCAGAAGCGCUUCAUUUCAGAUCAGUUUCAAGUUGCGAACAUCGGGGGAGGCAGUGGAAGUGCAACUAAAACAACGUCGUUUGUAGCCUUAGGUUAUUCAAUAACGUCUUUAUUGGUUAUAUCGACUCUGGCGCCAUGGUUUGGAUUAUGUUAAUCCAAAUUGUUUUGAUAUAUUUUGAAGGUUUUUACCAAAUCUGAAGAGCUCCUUUUAUUAUAUUUAUAUUACUUUAUGCCUUUAUUUAUUAAUUCAUUGAAGAAUACAGCCGAAAUCGAAACCAUGUAUCAUUGAUAGAACAUACAUACAGACCACUGAAGCUGUUGGCAAAAUACACGUUUUAGAGUUCCAUUUAUAUCAAAAUACUCCUUUGCUUCUGAUAAAUAUAAAUUGUUGCUAGUCACAUUGAAUCCCAGCUAGUACCGGCUCAGUGGUCUGUAUGUUGCAUUUUUAAAAAAAGAUUCAUUUCCUAAUAUAUUCUUCACUAUGAACUAAUGUCACCUGUAGGAAAUUUUCAAAAAAUAGUUACUUCAUCCUGGCCGCCUGGUAUUAUAUUUAAAUUGGGUGAAUUCGUCAAUGCAUCAAUUUUUAAGAAUUAAUUUCAAUUAAUUCUAAUAAUUCUAGUGUAAAAAGAACGAAAUUGAUAGUUCGAAAUAUCGAUUGCAACUAUUUUUCUAACCACGUUAACGAAAAUCACUAAUAAUUCUAUUUAUGUACAUAAUAAGAAAGCGUUUUUGAAUAUUAGAUAUUAGAAAUGCAUAUUAUACUUAAAUAAGAUAGGGUUUGAUCCAAGAGCAAUGAGACUUUAUCCGUCAAAAAAAAA